AUGCCCCAGUCACGGCUUUCGCGCCCAGCACCAUGGCGCGCUGACCUCCUGGCCCAUCUUAGCCAACUCGGGCUACCCAUCUGCGUCCUCAGUACCGUUCACGCCGGCGAUAGCUCAUCCGCUUCGGGACCGGCGAGUGCUACGUCAUGGGUCCCCCGGGCCAGAACGCGACCUCCUCUCCUGACCACGGAUGCCCGGACGGACAAGGCUCAAGAGAUUGCGCCAGACGCAGAAGAUUCCAGUAGCCCCGGCGGAACCGGAGGAGGCGGGCCAUUCGAGGUAGUGUUUUGGAUCCCCGAUGUCAUGACGCAAUGGAGGUUGAGUGGAAGGGCAUACCUACUGGGGCCGGAUAUCGACUCCGAUGAGGCGGCGGCGGUGCGGGUCCGGAGCGGCCUUCUACAACGCAUGAGAAAGGUUGAAGAUGGCCCCUUUAGCUGGUCAAGAGAGGUUACUGCUCACUUUGGCAACAUGAGUCCCGGGAUGAGGGGUCUUUUCGAAACCCUCCCCCAGGACGCCCCGUGGCAGAAGGGCAAGGAGGCGAAGGGCUUGGCCUCGGGCAGACGGGCGUCCAUCGGUGUUACGGAUCAUCAUCGACAUCUCAAUGCACGUUGCGAGAAGGUUGGGGCUCUGGGUGGAAGGUGGCCUGGAAGGGGCCGGGAAUAUUAG